AUUAGUUUAAAACAAUAUUUGUGGGAAAAAGAAAUGAUCAAAUUGACAUUUUGACUCCAUAAAAGGUGGAGCAUAUAUUUGACAAAUUAUAUAGCUCAUACUCCACCCCCUUAAAUCUCAAAAUAUGCAAUUAUCCCUUUAUGUUAUUCCUACUUUUGAUUCUCAUACCAAAUUUGUACAGAAUUAGAUCUUACAAAAUUUUCUCAUCUGUGUCCUAAUUUUGUGAAUAAAAAGAAUGGCAGAUUCACCGCCAUCGUUGCCAAAAACAAGAAAACAAAGUUCAUUUCCACCACCACCAUUGCAAAUUAGGGAUAUUAGCCCUCGAAUGUCAGAGUUAAGGAAAAGUCUUUUUUCACCUUCAUUGCAAACUCCAACGAUUAGGACACCAACAUUAAAGAGUAGUCAAAAAUCCAUGUUGUUUUUGGCUUAUAUUUUCACUUUUUUAUUUGUUGCAUGUGCUAUCUUUUUUGUCUUCAAUAAUCCUUCAACCAAUCAUUCUUUCAGGAAAGUCUUGAAUAGGAGGUCACAUUUUUCCACAAUUUUUUCUCACUAUUAUCCAUCUGAUCAUCAAAACUCAACUCUUUACUCUCUCCCAUUUACAAAUGAUUCUCAAAAUGGUUUUAUUGCAAUUUCACCUAGCCAAAGGAAUGACUCUCAAAAUGGUUCCAUGAAAAAUGAAGGUAAAUCUAGUAGUAAAAGAGAAGAGGAAGAGACACAAAAGGUGAAUUUGUCGUCGAAUGAAGGUACAUCUAGUAGUAAAAGAGAAGAUAAAGAGAUACAAAAGGUGAAUUUGUCGUCGAAUGAAGGUAAAUCUAUUAGUAAAAGAGAAGAUAAAGAGACACAAAAGGUGAAUUUAUCGUCGAAAAAUGAGACCAAGAAAGAGGCUUGGUGGGAAGUGAUGAGUCAUUGUGAUGUUUUUGAUGGAAUGUGGGUGAAAGAUGAUGCUAACCCUUUGUAUGAACCUGGUUCUUGUCCUUUUAUUGAUGAACCAUUUGAUUGUUAUCAAAACGGAAGGCCUGAUAAUGGCUAUCAGAAAUUUAGAUGGCAGCCUAAGCACUGUAACAUUCCAAGGUUGGAUGCCAAAGAAAUGUUGGAACUUUUGAGAGGAAAGCGAUUAGUCUACGUCGGUGACUCUCUGAACAGGAAUAUGUGGGAAUCAAUGGUUUGUCUUCUCAGAAAUUCUGUUGAAGAUAAGAGCAGAGUUUUUGAGGUAUCUGGAAGAGAAGAUUUCAAGAAAGAGGGUGCUUAUUCUUUUAUAUUUGCGGAUUAUAAUUGUUCAGUGGAGUUUGUACGUUCUACUUUUCUCGUUCAAGAAUGGGAAAUUCCAGAUGGGAAUGGAUCAACUAAAGAAACACUCAGAUUAGAUUUGGUAGAAAGGUCAUGUGACAAAUACAAAGGAGCCGAUGUCCUUGUCUUUAACACAGGGCACUGGUGGACUCAUGAGAAAACAUCUGAAGGGAAGGGUUACUAUCAAGAAGGUAGCCAUGUUUAUGGUGAACUAAACGUUGUUGAGGCAUUUCGCAAGGCAAUGACAACAUGGGCAAGAUGGAUUGAGACCAAUGUAGAUCCUCUGAAGACAGAUGUUUUCUUUAGAGGCUAUUCAGUCUCUCAUUUCAGUGGAGGUGAGUGGUAUGCUGGUGGAAAGUGUGAUAGUGACACUGAGCCACUUCAGGAUGAGAAAGAUUUGUCACCUUCUUUGUAUCCACCAAUAAUGGGAAUGCUAGAGGAUGUGAUAAAGUGGAUGAAGGCACCAGUAUACUAUUUGAAUGUGACCAUAAUGUCAGACUUCCGCAAGGAUGGACAUCCAUCAGUAUACAGGAAGCCAAACAUGACAGAUGAGGAGAGAAGGACGACGUUAAGGUACCAAGAUUGCAGCCAUUGGUGCCUUCCAGGUGUACCAGACACUUGGAAUGAGCUCCUAUAUGCACAACUAUUGAUGAAACAUUAUCAGAAACAACACAAACAACAACAGCAACAGAUAGGUUCUUAGGCAAACAUAGCUAUACUAUUAUAUAGAUGUGAUAUUGUUUGGCGUAAAAUGUCCAGCUUUAGUAGUAGUUUUUUCAGAUGAGAGGUCGGAAGCGAAGCUAUUAGCUAAUAGCUAUAAAUAGUUCUCUGUGGAACCACUUAUCCAAUAGUAUAGUGUCAAGUUACUAUUACUAUAAAAUAUGAGCUUAAAGUAA